CGUGGACCUUCUCUACAGAGUGCUCACUAUCGAAACAGACCAGCCCAAUCCAGGUCCACAAUAGAGUUUUUUACUUGCAGGGAUCAAAAUCGCUUCGCUCAUCUUCCGUACAUCCUGCAGGUUGGCGUUAGUUACUAAGGAAUUCUCCUUUUUCGCGUCUGCCCACGCGGAGAGGAGAGGAGCAAGGAUCGAUCUCGAUCUUCAGGAAAGAUGGAAACUGGUCAACCAAACGAGGCUUAGUACAUGCAGAGCUAGCACAUGAUUAUUAUACUAAUACUAGCACUCUCCUUCAUUUUCCCCUCUCUGCUUAUGCAUGAUAUUCCUUCCCAAGGUGUAUCAGCAUGGCAGCACCGUCAGAAGCGAUGGAAAACGGCCUCGUGCCUAUGCCUGUCUCCUACUCGGCAGGCUUCAUCGCUCUUUCCUACAUUAUCAGCGCCAUGGGCUCGGCGACAUGCUUGGAAAUGCUGCAUCGACGGACAUCUAGGUCUGGUCUCUUUAAUUGGUAUUUGCUGCUAACUUCGUCGCUUGCCAUGGGGGGAAUUGGCAUUUGGAGCAUGCAUUUUAUCGGUAACCGUGCUAUUUUCCUCGGCAAUGGCACCGACCAGGAUCAGAUCUCUUACAAUAUCCCGUUCACUAUGUUCUCCCUCAUUCUGCCCAUCGUCGUGCUCUGCGCUGCCUUUUACACCAUUUCCUCUGAAGAAAAGCCCUCGGCGAUCCGUCUCAUUCCAGGCGGUUUCCUGACCGGCGGCGCUAUCUGUGCAAUGCAUUAUAUUGGGCAACUUGGUAUCUCAAAUUAUCGCUGUUCGUAUGCAGUCGGGAACAUCGUCGGUGCAGCAAUUAUUGCCAUCGCCUCGGCUACGGUAGCUCUGACCGUGUUCUUUCGAUGGAAGGCCACCUGGUCGAAUAGUUGGUGGCGUAGAAUGGUCUGCGCUGCGUUCCUAGCAGGUGCUGUGUCCGGUAUGCAUUGGACGGCUGCAGCGGGGACGACGUAUCGACAUCAGCCAGGUACAAGCGCUGGUGGUGAAUUAUCUAGAAAUCAAACUGUGAUUAUUUGUGCUGCAUUGUCUUUUGCCUCUUGUGUCAUACUAUCCAUUUGCGCUAUUGUUGCUGGAGGCAACCGACGUCGAUCGAAGACUCGGGCCAGGCAGUUGGUUUUAUCUUGCGUGAUUUUCGACCCCGCUGGUCGUAUCAUGGUUACACCACAAGCGUUGCUGCCGAGUCGUAAAGUUGUUGACCGAUAUAUCGGCCGGUCUAUGAAGGAUGAUGACUUUAGCCGCACGCACCCAGCUUUCCUAUGGGCAUUUAGGGCUUCUCGUAACUGGACGCUUGUCAAGGACAUUAUUCCAUCGAUGAAACGGACUUUACAAAACAACGAAACCGAAAUAGACCGUCUCAUUCGCCAACGCGGUGCCAAUCAGGACACCAAUGAAAACCUUCAUUUUAGUUUUGACAAUCUUUUUAAACAAUUCUUUUGCGUGUCAGCCCAGGAACUCGCUGACGAACUACGUCAGCCCCUGUCUAGUCUCGGUGAGCUGUAUAAUGAAGUUGUCUCAACCGCUACCCAAGUUUCUCGGUUUCGACCUGAAUCAUCCAGGCCUGCUCUUCCACGGAUUGGAAAAGGUCAGCUCAUGUUCACCGUUCGCCAGCUAAGCAGUCAAGAAGAGGCGUCGCGAUUUAUGGCAAAUGGUUUUAGAUUUGCUCCUAUUGAGCGCGUGACAGCCACAAUGGCAAGUCACAUUCAUGUACCGUCAACCGAAUUGUCCGCUCACCUACACGAAAUGCGAGAGUAUUGUCGCAUUGAAAGGGGAUAUCCCCCUGGUGUACACCUGGUCACAUUCGCCUUGCGUCCCACCGUCCAUGAACACUUCGAAGUCCUCACAAAAAUGAGCAGCCCAAUCGGUUUACCUAGUUCCUCACUCCCAAAUCUAUCCCUUACACAAGCCGACCUGGAUUUGAUAUCACAAAUGGAUGACUGUUCACUGACUACAUGUCUCAAACACCUCUCCCCUCUGACGGGCGGAGGUAGCCGCAACAGCAGCAUCAGUAGCGCAGAAAGCCUACAGAUUUCACCGAAGAACACUUUCGCAAACCACCUCUAUAGAGCGAUCUUGGAGCUUGUCGCUUCAUUACCCAAGAAUAUAGCGCCUGCUGUUCGAUUUUCAGGGAAACCACUAUUAGCGCCUUGUCGCAGACAUCAAUCAUCCUCUGAUAACGACUACUGCGUCUUGCUCUGUUUCCGUGUGGUAUCUGCAUUGGAUACACGUAUCUCGGAACCUGACUUAGCUUUUAUUCCCUUGAAAUUAUUCAGAGUGCAGGAACAAGUCAAUGAUAGAGCCGCUGAGCGCGAGCGGUUUAUGAAAGAGCUGAAUAGCGAGUUCUCCUCUUAUUCCGCCCAAUCCACGGCUAACCACGACGGAGCAUCGUCGAUUAAACCAACCAAAAACCGAAACAACUUUCUUCCAUGGUCUUUCUCAACCCCAAAACGAAGCCAUCAACAACAAAAUCACGAAUCUCGCUUGCAAGGCGGGGUGUCGGAAGAGUCCCUCGUUCGCCAACUCUCACGAAAAAGGCCAGGCAACCUCUCCAUCUCGAAUCCCUUUGUCAAUGAGAUUUUCAUUAGCAAGGAAGUCAGAGUUGACGUAGCUCGGUUGGAUGAGGUGGAAAUGACGAGCACGGCUAAUAUCACCCCUCUCCCUUCGCCGACCAUGUCGCCUGCGGCAUUUGAUAACACGUCUACUACUUCUGAUCCGGUGGAGCGGAGGACGGUUACUAUUGAAGGUGGGCAGGCAAGGCCAGGCGCUGGCUAUGUGGAUGAGCUGUAUAGGCUGUGUAUGGGGAGUAGCGUGAGGAUGCAGCCUGGAUAUCAUCCGUACGGCCGUGCCAGUGACAGAAAAAGUCACAGCUCGGCUGAGGAGUAAUUAUGAUUAUGGCGUUCUUGGUGUGUUUGAUUAUGGUUGCACCGAUAAUACAGCCUAGCGGACUGCUAGACAUCGAGCCGCUGGGUGGCGAGAUGGUUUAGACGGCAUCUCUUACUACUUAUCGCGUUAAGUGGCCGAUAAUGCUGGUAUUUAUUCUAAAGGUGAUCACCUAUAACUCGUUAUAAUGAUUAUUGUUUCAACAGGCGAGAGAUGGGUCGGCGGGUUGAAUUAGCUCCGUAAAGCUAUAUUUAUUAUGAAUCAUUAUUGUAUAGUAGAUUAUGAAAAAAAAUUUUCUUUCACUUUUUUUCUAGCUGUAUGUCAGCAAAUAACAUGACUACAUAAUGAAGGAACUAAAUUUGGAUUC